AUGUCACGUCCUGCUUCAGCGACCAGCUCCGCAUCUGCCUUGUCGGUCAUCAAGCCAGGUCCAAAGCCAUCCAACGCGGCACCACGGCCUUCAGAUAUCGCCAUCUUCGUAACCAAUCUCCGCCUGCUAGACUUGGACCGCCGAUCUGACUGGCCUGGCAUCACUGAGCAGACUUUCUCGACAAAAGACGCUCAGCAGAAUCAGAAAACCCGGAUCCGCUGCCUCGAAUGGGCGCUCUACCGUCUGUUCGAGCUGUGGGAUCCGGUAGAGGCACGGGAUGUGAGAUCCUUCAGUACACCCACCACGCAAUCCGUCAAGCUAACGAGAUCCUAUCUGCAGAAGCUCCAGCCGUUUUUCCCACCCCUCGAGCCUCUCCAAUCACUCAACCUGCGCGCGGCUCUAUACCGAUGUCUGAACGAGCUCAAGAAGAACGGCGUGCUAGGCAGGGAGACUUUACUCCGCAAGACUAUGAUGGAUGAUUGUAAGGGAGACAAACUGGCCGAGGUGCUGAUGGUAUUCUCAUACGCCGUCAUAAUCAAGGUAGCUUCCUCGACCAAGCGGAAGCCGAAAAACGAACCGAUUGCUCGGCGGAUUGCUACUACGACUAAGCUCAGCGCGGAGGAACAGAAGUCGUUGCUGCCGCUUGCUGUUGCCCAUAAGGCGGCGCUUACGGCUGUGCUGCAGAAAAAGCGAGAGAGGAGAGCUCGUUACUCGGAGCUCCAACAGCUGCUGGAAUCGAAGAAGGACGAGAUAUUGCAGAGGAAUGAGCGAUGUACGGGCUCUGCUCGACCGGCAGCCCAGCACAUCGAUAGCGUAAACAUAAAGAAGCAGCUGCGCGAGAACUGGCUCGGAAACCCGAAGUGGGUUAAUACUCUGCUUCACGGAGAGAGCACGCAAUCGGGAGACACCCUGUUCGAGAGCCGAUUCAAUGAUGUCUGCGCUGGAAUCAAGCAAGGGCAUGCUCUGGAGAAUCCAAAAGAGCAGAGAGGGUUGCUGCAGGAGCUUGAGUCACGCGCCAACAUUCAGCAUGAAAGGUUGUUGAAAUGGAGAGUAUUCCACGCCCAGAUCAGCCGGCACAAUGCGCAAGCUACCAUCACAAGAUCGGGCUCGAGGGCGGCUAGGCAUGUAUCAGAUGUCAGCUUCGGAUUUGAGGCCCAUCAGCAUCUGCAUAUUGGAUCUACAAUCAAGUCGUCAAGCAAUGGGCAACCUUUACCUACGUCUCGCGCUUCAGACCCAGCAAUCAAGUACGAGACUAUCGUUGCAAGGAUGAAGGAGGGCCUGGCUAAAGCGGGUUACUCCAGACGUCGGCCACAACCGAUUACGCAGGCUGAACAGCCAAAGUCUCCGAUAAGGACUAACGGAACCCGCUCUCGUCCUCGAAGCAUCCUAUGCGGAUCGGGGCUGAAAGAGUUCAAGCUGAAGCCUUCUGUGACCUUCCCACACGUCACAUCUCCGACAGUGGUGUCUUCGUCUAUGACUUCGCCGUCAAUCACAUCUCCUUCUUCGACUGACGAACUUUUGAAAGAUGUGUUUGCGCUAUCCGAGAAGCCCCCGGCUCUAACAGCCAUCCCUUACUUUCCUCCUUCCACGAUCACGCCGCUCGGCUCGGAGACCACGCUUGUCCAAUCGGGGCCGGUUUCGGAGGAUGAAGCAUCCGACGGUGUUGUCGAAGUUUCUCCCACGAAGAGCGAGCAGCCGGGCCGGCAAGCCCAAGUUAUACAGCAGCUAUUGAAUUCAUCGCGUCCAAGCCCACCGCUAUCCCCUCAAGUCACCGAGCAGGAGCGCCUUGCGGAACAAAUUCUCUCUUCCGUUGUUCAAGCCACACCAUCACCCGUAAAGCGACCCCGCCCAUCGCUCAGCGACCGUGCCCGCAUGUCAAUCGCCCAUUCGACCGCCGUCGGAGUUCCCGCAGUUGCCCUGGAGGAGACUGGAGUCCCCUCGCCCAUUAUCGAAGCAACCACACCAACUCCCUCUGACCACCUCGAUCCGCACGCAAACCUGCUGGAAAGGACGCGCCAAUCCAUGGCGCAUCUCCCUGCCCACUCACGCUCUCGGCACCAGCGAAGAGAAAGUAAGCGGGAGAGCAGACAGUCGCUGUUUCCUGUCAACCAGUUUGAGACGCCGAGAAAGCCGAAUAGCGCUGACUUUACCAAUGAUCAAGACGAAAAGAGGGAUGUCACGCCUAAGCAAAGUCUGUUUGAGCAGGAUGCGGAGUAUGCGAGUGUGUUCAAGAGCAGGCCGAAGAUUGCGGUUAGUCCGGUGCUUUCGCCUUGCAGGGAUUUGGAGCUGGACGGGGAGGGGAUGUUUGAGCAAUGA